CCGAACCGCGUGGCAAGUGAACUUCGAUAACCGACCACUUAGUACCAUACUUCUAUGUAACAUUACACUACAGUAUUGUUAUUGUUACCGCGAGCAAACGUCAAAGCCGAAAGCGCAUCAGUCCCGUCUCGACGCGCGAACGAGUUCCAUCGUCGUCCGCCGUAUUGCGUCUAGCGCGUCGUCAUAAUACCUAGUAUAAUAUUAUUAAUUAUUUUCCUCGUUCAUCGUCUUCACAUGAUAAAAAUAAUAUUUUAUCCUCAUAAAUAGAUACUACCGGGGUAUAAUAUUUACCGUUUAUCCAGCAGCUGUACACGAGCUGCAGUGACAUGCAUUCGAAAGCGCGUCUGCUCGAAGACGAAUUUUCCGAACGUGGCAAAAUUCCUGGCGUUCGAUACCUGCAGAGUUUUUUAUUGUUUCUAUGCCUUUUCGCAGCUUACCUGUUGCGUGUUAGCAUAUCCGUCGCGAUAGUGGCUAUGACGCCUGACAAGAAUUCUACUGACUUCUUACUCGAAACGCAUUACCACAUUCCUGUAUUCAAUUGGACACAACACGCGAAGAGUUUGAUCUUAAGCGCAUUUUUCUGGGGCUAUCUCAUCAUGAACCUGCCAGCAGCCAUGAUCGGUCGCCGGUACAACAAUCAAAUGCUAUUGGCCAUGAGUAUGAUGUUGACCGUAGCUCUCAGUCUAGCCACACCAUCAUUAGUGGUUGCUUUCAAUUGGCCGGUGCUCGUACUUAUUCGGUUCUUACAGGGCCUUACUCAGGCGUUCACCAUGCCAAUGAUACAUGGCAUCAGCGCCAAGUGGGCGCCACCGAAUGAACGUGGUCGUCUCGUUGGAUUUGUAUUGGGAGGUCUCCAAUUUGGCACAGUCGUAACUUUAGUCGGUUCUGGAAUACUGGCCAGUACUCGAUCAGGAUGGCCAUCAAUUUAUUACUUUAGUGGUGCAUUUGGAAUUUUUUGGGUAAUAUUAUGGUUAUUACUUGGGUCAGAAAGCCCAGAUACACAUCGUCUAAUUACUCAAUCUGAGAAAAACUACAUAAAAUCAUCACUAACCCAAACGGUUUCGGAGAAAAAGAACUUGAUAACUCCUUGGAAAGAGAUAUUCACUUCAAUGCCAGUAUGGGCUGUUACGAUCUCACAUGCGGGUCACAAUUGUGGAUUUUGGUUGCUGCUUAGUGAAAUGCCCACGUUUAUAAGUGCUGUACUAAAGUUCGACAUUAAAUCGGAUGGAUUUGUGUCUGCAUUACCUUACUUGGCCAUGUGGCUAUGUCAGUUUCCAGUCACAUAUUUUGCCGAUUAUAUGAACAAAAAAAAUGUGACUUCUCUCACUUUUUCACGUAAAUUUUGGAAUACCUUAGGAAUGAGCGGCGGUGCGUUGGGUCUCGUGGUCUUAGGCUACAUGGGUGAAAACGCAAACGCAGCCAUAUGUAUGUAUGUGUUCGUAGUAGCCAUCGGCUGCUGUACGAAUGUGGGCUUCAACAUUAACCACCUUGAUUUGGCACCCAAUUACGCCGGGAUUUUGAUGGGCUUCACGAACGCCGUGGCCGCCCUGGGCGGUGUGAUGGCACCCACCGUCUGCGGGUUCAUCGUACACGAUCAAACUUCGGUGGACGAGUGGAGGAUCGUGUUCACGCUGGGAGCCGUCAUACUUUUCUUCUCCAGUAUUUUCUACAUAAUUUUCGGAUCUGCGGAAGUACAGCCGUGGAAUGAACCUAAAAACGAAAGCGUCGGUGUUCGGAGUUUCAUGCAGAUGAAAACGGAUUACGGUUCCUCUGCAGGAUAUACGUCUUCACCAUCGUCGUUUGUUAAAGUUACGUCAAAGUAUACCAUGUUUGUACGACAAUAAUUGAAUAAUCAAACACAUUUUUUUGGUGAAUAACGUCACGUGGUUGCUAACUCUUUUUCAAAAACAAUGAUCGACAUUAAUUUUUAUACAUAUUCUGUUGUUAUAUUUUGGUUUAUUAAAGAUUUAUGAUUUGUUAUAUUUUUAAUUGUCCUUUACGUUUAUGCAGUUUUUCAAACUUGAUAGCAAUCCUGCAAGACAUCUUACCAUAUUAUUGGUACCUAUAUUUAUUUAUAUGUGAAAUAUAAUAUAUCUAUUUGUUU